AUGACCGAGCAAGCCGACCAAUGCUUCGUCGUGGCAAUCACCGAGGAGAAAACCAAACCCGACGAACCCCGCACAAUCGUCGCCACGCAGCUUCCAAACGUCUAUUCCUUGCCCGAUGAUGUGGAGGUGAGCGCGGAGGCGUAUCCCAAGAUCAACUGGUCGUACGGACCUGUCAAGGUUCUCGGGUAUGUGAAUCCCAAGAAGUUCGCGAUCCGGGUCCAAGUGUCCGUCUUCGGGGCCAAGCUGUUGAAUCUCACCGGGGAUCUGCGACGUGGGAUCUGCGCCAAGAUCAAUAUCAAGUUUGCAAAAGGGUCGAUCUGUUUCUUCCUUAAGAAUGGGAAAGAGGUGUGGGUCAAGUUGGACCUGAAGGCUACAGUCGGUGGGCACUAUAAGAAGGAGGCGAAGCUGUUGACUCUUUGA